ACCAACCUGUUACCCCUUCUAUGCCAUUAUUGAUGACCAUAUGUACUAAAAGGUUUGAAAAACUAUACUCAGAGAUACAUAAUUCUUCCACAAUAUCUGAAAAGGCAGAAUACAGUACAAAGGAAAACAAAGCAGCUAGAAUUAAAGAGCACUAUGAUGUUUUUGAUCCAUGGAAAGCCUGUAUAAAGCUUAAUGGUCAAUGUAAAAAUCAAUGUGGUGAAAAUGAAUUUAAGAUGUCGUACUGUGCAAGACCUGAAACUCUUUGCUGCUUGAAAGUAUGCGACCCUGUCGAGUAAUUGAAGAGACCCAUUCACAAAAAAACACCAACAAAGGGCGCCUGGGUGGCUCAGUCAUUGAGCAUCCGACUUCAGCUCAGGUCAUGAUUUCACGGUUGGUUCGUGGGUUCAAGCCCCUCGUUGGGCUCUAUGCUGACAGCUCAGCACACUCUUCCCUCACUCACACCCUGUCUCCCUCUGUCUCUCAAAAAAUGAAUAAAACAUUAAAAAAAAAAGACCAACACUAACUAAAUAUUCUUAUUACUUUAUUAUCUCUAUUACUUCAUUCAUGGCCUAGUAUUUCUGUCCACACAUGUCUAUAAUGAAUAAAAAACUAAAUAAAAUAUAUUUCAGUCUGGAUCAUUCAUGAACCUUGUGUCUGCUUGGAAAAAAGAGAAGAAUACAGAGUGGGACUUUUAAUUCAGGAAUAGAAAUAGUAGAGAAGAAAAGUCCAUGGUGGAACUACUGUGUUAAAUGAGAUUUCGGGGGGCAAUUCUAUAUUGAGUGUGGCAAGCAUGUUGUAAAUGAUUGGUGAUGUAUAUAAAGCAUU